AUGCCUCUGCCUACCUACGGCCCCGCCGGCGGCCUGUCUUUCGCCUCGCGCUCCUUGGCUGAGUGGCACUGGCAGCGGGCCACGGGGACCAUGUUCCAGGUCUGGCAACCACCAGGAGUCAUCUUCGGCUGCCUGAAGAAGGAGCACUACGCGCAAGGAAGGAAGGUGCCAGCGUGGGACGACUGGGGCCUUGGAGACCGGCAGGUGCCCUGCCGCCUGGUGAUCCGCGCCCUGGCCGGGCGCUGGAUCCUCUGGAAGGCCAUGCAGCAGCGUCAGGAAAGCUGGAUCCUGGCGGACGGAGACGACAGCCACCUCUUCAAUGCGUUCAUGAGGGCCAUGGACUUCUACAACGUCGACGCCCUGGAGCCCGAGGACAAAAUUUUGUUCAAGAAGUGA